UUUGUGGGUUUUGACUUCUGUCAUGGAGUUGAUAUCAUUUCUUGAAUUUGAUUGGCAGUACUUGGGAAAGUUUGUAUCUUGAGUGUUGAUUUUUGAGUGGGUUGUGUGGAUGUUAGGUUUCUGAGACAUGGGAUUCUGGUGUAGAACUGGGCCUAGUUUGCUUUUACACUAAGCGGGUCUUUUAGUUUUGAGGGUAUUGUGCAUUGGAUUGUGUUGAACUACUGGUUUCUGGAUUAGCAUUUAGUGAAAACGCAAUGCAUAUCCGAACAAUGUGUGAUCACCCUUAACGCACUCAGCUUACAACUGAAAUAUUAGAAAUUCGUCAAAGAAUUGAGUUUCAGAUUGUCGAUAUGGUACAAGCUGCAUGCAUGCCUAUGGAAAUAUCAGGCGUGCUUUUUAUCUGUUAAGAAAGAGAAGGGGAUUUGUGGAUAGAGUGCAGAAAUACAUAAAGCAAAUUUUAACCACUCUAUGCAUUUUUCCCCUCCAAUUUUGUUGGUGGACUUAAAUGGAUGUUCCCUCUCCAGACCCGUGUAGCAACUCUCAAAGUGACCAAUAUCCUUUGCUACUAGAGCAGAUGGAAAGCCCUAACAGUCAUAUGCAUGUAAUUGAUGUAGCAAGGAAUGAUGAUACCUCAUCAAGUUCAUCUAAUGAUGAUUCACUUGCUAGAAUGGAGUUGCCUCAACAUGAAGAUAGACUCUCACGUAUUACACAUGCCCCCACUUAUCAGGCUGCUUCUUCAAACAGAUCAACUUCUAGGAGUUCAUCGUUUAUGAGGCGGAGUGAUGUGUAUAGUAGCCACAGAAGAAGCCCGUUGAAUUCAGGAUUAUGGAUUUCUGUUGAGCUUCUUGUCACCAUAAGUCAGAUAAUAGCAUCUAUUGUUGUUUUGUCACUGUCGAAAAAUGAAAAUCCGCAAGCCCCUUUGUUUGCCUGGAUUGUGGGCUACGCGUCUGGCUGUGUUGCAACACUACCCAUUCUUUACUGGAGGUUCCGUAAUCGCUACGGGGGUGCUGAGCUAGAAUCCACCCAAUCACAUCAAAUCUCUUCUGAACGCAAUGCUCCUGAACCAUUGUCCUUUACUGCUAUUUCAAUUACUCCAGCUUCACACGAGGAAACCAAUCGCACGUCAGAAAGCGUCGUGAGAGAUCCUCAAGUGGCAGGACCGUUAAGUGCGAGACUUAAUGGGUUGGUCGAUCAUUUUAAGAUGGCGUUAGAUUGCUUCUUUGCUGUCUGGUUUGUUGUGGGAAAUAUUUGGAUAUUUGGAGGUCACUCUUCUCCCUCUGAUGCUCCUAGAUUGUAUAGAUUAUGCAUAGUUUUCCUCACCUUUAGCUGUAUCGGAUAUGCCAUGCCAUUCAUACUCUGUGCAACAAUUUGUUGCUGUCUACCAUGCAUCAUUUCUGUCCUGGGAUUCCGAGAGGGCCUUUCUCAGACUAGAGGAGCCACUGCAGAGUCAAUCAGUGCUCUGCCGACCUACAAAUUUAAGCUAAAGAGAAAUGAGAUGAAUAAUGAUCAGGAGGGCAACACCUCUGGUGAAGGACUCUUGGCUGUCGGCACAGAGAAGGAGCGUGCAAUAUCAGAAGAAGAUGCGGUUUGUAGUAUUUGCCUUGCAAAUUAUUCAGACAAUGAUGAUCUAAGAGAAUUGACAUGUUUACAUGUUUUUCAUGUGGAGUGUGUUGACAAAUGGUUGAAAAUCAAUGCCUCGUGUCCCCUCUGUAAGUCAGAGGUUGGAGAGAGCAGCGGUACCACUCUAGACGGAGACUCGAGCCAGCAAUAGGAUGUGCUUAUCUGAUUGCCAUGUAUAUGCAAGGACAGAAAAUGACAGAAUAGAGGAAAUGUUGAGACUAUCUCAGGUUCAGUUAUAGAGGAAAUGUGCUUCAGCUUAUCUGUAAAUAUUGCCUGUGGUGAGUAUGGUGAGUUCCCCCUGCCCUGUUGGACAAUCAGAGAGCUUGGGUUCAGCAGAAAAAUGAUAUAAGUUAUACGUAUAUCCCUUCAUCGAAAUGAUAAAUAGUUAUGCAAA